AUGUUAGAAAUUGAAAAUUUAAGUGAUACAGCAAAAGCAUUAGGUUUAUAUAUGAUAACUGUAAUUACUGGUUUGGCUAUACAUUUACUUGGUACAUUAGCAUUACUCUAUUAUUCGGUAACAAGAAAAAAUCCAUUCACAUUCUAUAAAGGUUUAUUUCAAGCUUGGAUUACAGCACUUGGAACUGCAUCCAGUGCAGCUACUCUACCAAUUACAUUUCGUUGUUUAGAACAAAAUCUAGGCAUUGAUAAACGUGUAACACGUUUUGUUCUACCUAUUGGUGCAACAAUCAAUAUGGAUGGAACUGCACUAUAUGAAGCUGUUGCAUCAAUUUUUAUUGCACAAAUUAAUGGAAAAUAUUUGACAAUUAUUGAAGUAUUUAUUGUAAGUGAUUCAUCGUUUGAUUACAACUGUUUAUAUAAUAAGUUUUGUGAUAAUGAUUCUCAAUCAAACUACCAAUCAGAUGAUGUGUAUUCAACUUCUCGAAAUUCUAUGAAUCAUUCUUGUCUUAGUGAAAAUGCUAAACCAACUGCUUAUAAUUGGGGUAGUCGUGGUCCAGCAUUUGACGGGGCUUUAGGUAUAUGUGUUGCUGCUCCCGGUGGUGCUAAUACGUCUAUAGCUAGUUGGCAAUUAAAGCCAGCCAGUGUUCUGAGUGGAAGUUCAAUGAGUGCGCCUAUGGUUACUGGUGGAAUUAGCCUUAUACUCUCUGGAUUGCGUCAUCGAUAUACGUGUAUUGAUAGUGAACGAUUGAAAAUUCCACCAUCACUUAUUUAUAGAUGCUUAAUGACUACUUCUAAGUCAUUUAAACAUUUAUCUUAUUUGGAUCAAGGUUAUGGUUUGAUGCAAGUAGACAGAGCCUUCUGUUAUGUAGAUCAUUUCAAGAAUAUAAAUGAUAUUGAUCAUGUUAAUGAUGCUGAUCAUAUAUCCUCACCAUCAUUAAAUAUUAAAAACUCGUCAAUAAAAUUAUUACCUGUACCUGAUCCAUGUAUAAUGUAUGGUUGGCACAUUCGAUUGACUGUUUCUGGACCUGGUUGUACACUACAAAAUCGUGGAAUUUGGUUAAGACGGGGAUGGCCAUUGAGUCCACGAGCCGUGACUAGUGUAGACCAAUUACCGUUGUUACGGUACACCGUGAGUAUGAACAUUGAAUUUGACGAGUAUGUUCCUAUUGGUAUUCGACGAAACAUGGAAUUGCAUUUAACUACUGAGGUAACUUCUGACCUAGAUAAACUAACAAAUUGUAAUGCUUGGUUACAAAUUGCUCCAAUGAUAACUGUUACAAGUACACCAAGAGAUAUUAACCUAGUUAUCGAUCCAAAUAGAUUUAAUCAAUUGUUAUGUGAAAUAGAUGAGGAAGUUUCUCCCUUAAAUGAUGAAUGUGAUGCAACAAUAAAGAAAACACAAUAUUUAUGCAAUAAAUGUGCAGAGAUUAACAAAAGCCUUACUAAGGGACUCCUGAAUCGUCAGGAGAUAUCUUCGCUACCAGAGGAUCAAUUGAAGUCACAACUAUGCACAGAACAACACAAUGAACUAUCAGGUUUCGGUUGGCCAUCAAAUCUAAUUUCUUCAGUUAAACAUCCUUUUCAUUCAUUGCCUGUUAAAUCACAAAAACCAUAUGUUAUGAUGCUUAGUUUUAAAGCUAUUAAUGAUCCAGAAAUGGGCCGGUUAGCAGAUUUGCCAAUAAUUAUACAUAUGCCACAUAGAUUACAUAGAGAUUGUUGUUCGGACCACCCACGUUUCUUGUUCUCAGAUAGAUUUGAUGCUAAAAAUAAAGUAAGGAGAUGGUUCAUUGAAGUUCCCUAUGGAGCUACUGCGGGGAUUUUACGUUUAGCACGGUUAGAUGAUGAUGGAGAUAAAUCGUGUGAAUUUACGAUUACUAUUAGUUCACCAUGUAUUGGUAUGGAUUCGGAUAGUCAAGAAAUUCGAUGGACAUUUGUUGAAUUAAAUAAAUUUGGUCAAACUAAAUCAACUUUAAAACGCAAUGAUAAAUAUGGACCAUCAUUGAGUUCAGAUGAUUUCGACUGUGCAUCACAAUUUGGAUUUCCUAUUAAAUGGGAGACAGAUUGUUUAGAAUUAACUAUAGCACAACAUUGGGGAUUAGAAAUCCCAGCUAUUGUAAUUGGUGAAUUGUAUUUUCGUGGUCUUGAACCAAGUCUUAAAAACAUUGUAUUGAAUACAAGUGAUCGUUAUUGUCGUAUCGGUUUACGUUCUAAUUUUAUUAAUGAAUCAAUACAGCCGGAUAUAUGGUUAACUCAUUGGUGUUUACCUGUCAAGCCUCAUGAUUCGAAAAUUUUUUAUUUAGGUCAUGGAACAAAUGAACUGCUUCCCAACGAUUGUGGUUCGUAUGCUCUGCGUUUAACAUAUCGGUUUAGUUGUCCUUUCAAAUCAGCUACAACCAUCAUUUCUUUGCCUUGGUUACAAGAUAUGCUUUAUACCAGUGAUUAUUCAAUUCAUAUAUUUCAUAUUUAUGAUAAUUGUGGCCGAUAUAUUGGUGCUGGUGAAUACGAUGGACACCGUGAACAACGUCCGAAAUUUACUUUCAAUUUACAAAAGGGUGACUAUAAAGUGAUUGCACAGAUUUGCCAUGAAAGUGGUCCAUCUUUAAAACGUGAACCAAUAAAACCAUUAUCUGUCCCUUGUCCACCAGGAAACGAAUUGUCGUAUAAUUUAAGUGAAUACAAAAAUGCUGAUUCUACCGCGAUCAAUUCCACUUGGUCACCACUACAAUCGUUGCAAAACACUCCAAUAUUAGUAAGUUUUCGUCUAACUGGAGGAAUGGAAUUAUCUAGUGGUAGAAAAGGUGGUUCUUGUUUAACUGGACAAAGUGUUGUACAAUUUGAAUUCAGCUCAUUCCCUUCAUCACUUAAUUUGAACGGUACCAAAUUUUGUUCAGCUAUGGAUCCUUUAACAUCUGAUGCAAAACAAACUACAAUGAUCAAUCGUAGUGUAUUGAAUAAUUAUUCAUCAAAUACAAUUACAAAUGAUCAACAAACAGAUAAUAUUGAAUCAAAUCGUUUUGAAUUGGUAAAGCGAUUGCCAUGUCUUCCCAGUCGAGUGAACGCAUGCGAAACAAUCAGUAUUUUUCUAGGUCUUACAAAUGAACGUUAUCCAACGUAUAUAGUACCAGGUUCAUAUUUUUCUGGAGCGAUUGGAUUCUAUGAUUCUAAUUUAUUACAUAAUUUAGUAACUUAUCCAUUUCGUUUAGUCAUGGAUAAUUCAAACGUAUUGUCUUCAAAAUCUACUUUAAUUACAACACCAACUACAACUACUACUACUUCUACUAAUACCGCUACUUCAUCACCUGUACUCCUCUCAUCUUCCAUACUAUCAUCUGAUCAUAAUAAUAUAAAAGUAAAAGAACUUCCUAGAAAGUUAUUAAUCAGCUAUAUGGGUUUAGGUAAUGAAGAUCUGGAAUGGAUCCAAUGUUUUGGUGAGUUAUUCCUCUUCAACUCCAGGACAAUUGAAUAUCAGUAUAAAAAGAAUGAAAAUUCGCUUAAUAAUAAUAAUAAUAAUAAUAAUAAUAAUAAUAAUAAUAAUAAUAAUAAUAAUAAUAAUGGUGAUUCCAAAGAUAUAGACACAUCCCAUACAUCAAUUCAUCAAGAUCAUCACGAAGAGAAAAUAUGCCAGUUAGAAAAACCUCAUGAAAAUAAUAUUACUUACCAUAAUUCAUCAUCGAUUAUGUGUGGAAACUUGAUGAAUAAUGUGAAAACAGAUUUAACUGAUGAGCGUAAAGGAUGGGACGCUGAUAAUAAUCCAAAUAAUUAUGUAAAUGACGUUGAACAAAAGGCAGAGGUUAAUAACUCGACGAAAUCACCAAACGAAUUAGAUUCACAAUCGAAUGAUCAUAAUACACUAGAUUCACUGAAUGUCAUUGAACAAGACACUAAAAUCUUGACAAUAUCCGACAAUAUUGACUUUGAUGUCAAUAAUUCAAGCAGAGAAACGGUGCUCGGUCAACAAACAUUAGGGGCAACGGCAUCAGUAGUGGUAACACCACCGAAAUCCACCACAGAACAUAAUCUCUCAAAUGAUAACAAAAAUCAAACAUCAUUCAAGGUGAACAACUAUAAUUCAGAUGAAUUCAGUGCUAUUCUUUGUAAAAUUCAUGUAGAUUUAUGUUCAUUGGAUAAACCGUUCAUAAGUACCUUUGACGAUGACGAUGAUGAUGUUAAUAUUCGUAAUAACAGCAAUGAUUGGCAUACUAAUCUAUGCAUGCUUUUAAAAGAACGUUUCAAACUAUGGUAUGAUAUUGAUUGUUUAAAGAAUGGUCGAUUGAUAAAUUCUGAUGAAACAUUGAACCUGUUGAACAGAUUUUUUGAAUUCUCAUCAAUGCCAACCAUACAAAAGACGACACAAUUACAUAAUAUGGAUAAUUCAAAAGUUUCAAUUAAAUCUUCAUUGGUGCCUACGAAAGAGAAUAAUUUAUUUUAUCAUCUAUUGAAUGUUUCAUUACCAUCUAGUAAUAAUAAUAAUAGUAACUCAGUGACACCUAUGAAGAAGAAUCUCAAAACCAACACUUUAGCCACUACCGAUGGUGCAUGUCUUUUUGCAAGUUCUUGUAGUAAUCUAUCAUUGAAUGGUGAAUAUACACUAUCGUCUCCUUUAUCAUCACAAUUAGAACUUUGCAAAUCUGAUUCUUUGUGUAAUCUUCUUAGACCUGAACCUUCUGAUGGGUGUGUUGUAAGUCAGUCUAAUCAAGGAAUAGUCAAAUCUGAAAACUUCUGGAACAUAAUCAUUGGAGUUAAGUAUAUAAAUAACUAA